GCAAGGGAGGAGAAAUACAUUGUAAUGCAGAGAAAGGAGGAUGACAUUGCAUGGAGGGUGUGUAUGAAGGAAAAAGUUUAUGAUAAAAGAAACUGGUCUUCCUUGUACAAAUCCCAUUACACGUCAUUGUAGCAACUUAGAGUUAUGGAUAAACCAGGAGCAGGUACAGUGGCCACUGCCCAACAGUCUGCGUGUGAAGAGGUUCAGAAAUGUCUGCAGCCUUUAUUUUUGACCCAGAAGCAGCUGGAAGCUGUGAGGGAUCUCAUAGCAGUCAACAUGGAAAGGGGACUAAAGAGAGAACCAGACCGCCCAUCAACCUUGAAAAUGCUCCCAACAUUUGUCCGUUCAACUCCACUUGGCACCGAAAGCGGUGAAUUCUUAGUGCUUGACCUUGGAGGGGCCAAAUUCCGAAUUGUUUGUGUGAUAUUGGACGGCUCUCGUGGAGCACAGAUGGAUAAUGAAGUAUAUGACAUUCCAGAGGAAAUAAUGACAGGGACAGGGCAGAAGCUAUUUGAUCAUGUGGCCGAAUGUCUUGGCCGUUUCCUUGAACAGCGAAACCUGAAGCACAAAAUUUUCCCCCUUGGAUUUACAUUUUCCUUCCCUUGUCUGCAGAGUCAGUUAGACAAGAGUGUUCUCAUUUCUUGGACCAAAGGAUUUUGCUGUUCUGGUGUGGAAGGACAGGAUGUGGUUCAACUGUUAAAAGAUGCCAUUCACAAGCGGGGGGAAUAUAAAGUUGAUGUUAUUGCCAUUGUCAAUGAUACAGUUGGGACAAUGAUGAGUUGUGGCUACAAAGAUCAUAGCUGUGAAGUUGGCUUUAUUGUUGGCACUGGUACUAAUGUCUGCUACAUGGAGGAGAUGGGCAAUGUAGAAGCUGUUGAAGGAGAUGAAGGUAAAAUGUGCAUUAAUGUGGAAUGGGGAGGAUUAGGUGAUGACGGAGAAAUAAAAGACAUUGAAACAGAGUACGACCAGCAAGUAGACCAGUCAUCCCACACACCUGGAAAGCAAAGGUUCGAUAAGAUGGUUAGUGGAAUGUACAUGGGUGAAAUUGUGCGUCAAAUACUGAUUAAACUGGCUAAUAAAGGGCUAUUGUUUGGUGGCAAACCAACCUCUCAACUACUUGCUAAAGAAGCAAUACAAACCAAAGACAUAUCAGAAAUUGAGAAUGACAAAUCUGGUUUAACAAAGGCUAAAGCUCUUUUGAUUUCACUGGGAUUUAAUCCGACUGAACGAGACUGUGCAAGGGUAAAAAGUGUCUGCAGUGCGGUGUCCACAAGAUCUGCAAAGUUGUGUGCUGCUGGACUUGCUGCAGUUUUCAACUGCAUUAAGAAUAAUCAUCAUGACCCAAUGGGACGUAUCACAGUGGGGGUGGACGGUUCUGUUUAUAAAACAAACCCGAAGUUUGGUGAACAUCUCAGUCAGGCCCUGAAGGAGUUGGCUCCAGACUGUCAAAUUAAGUUUCUAGUGUCUGAGGAUGGAAGUGGAAAAGGCACAGCUAUAGUAACCGCUGUAGCACAACGUCUUGCUGAACAAAGAUGCUUAAUCGAUAAAAUCCUGGAACCUCUUAUUAUGACCGAGGCAAAACUAGGAGAGGUAGAAAAACGCAUGAGAAUUGAAAUGGAAAGGGGUCUUCGGAAACUGACACAACCGGACGCUAUUGUAAAGAUGCUUCCCACGUUUGUGCGUGCUACACCAAAUGGGACAGAACGUGGAGAGUUUCUAGCACUUGACUUAGGAGGGACCAAUUUUCGGGUUUUAUAUACCCAUGUGGGCAUAAGAAGUGAGGGAGGAGUACAAAUGAAAAGCAAGACUUUUGCCUUGUCCACUGAAAUAAUCCAAGGGACUGGAGAAGAGCUCUUUGAUCACAUUGUGGAUUGCAUCACAGAAUUUCAAAAAGAAAACAACCUUCAAGGGAAAAGAUUGCCCUUGGGUUUUACAUUCUCCUUUCCCUGUAAGCAGAACAGUUUAGAUCAGGGUAUCCUGAUUUCUUGGACAAAGGGUUUCAGUGCUUCGGGAUGUGUGGGCGAGGAUGUGGUCAGGCUUCUCAGAGAAGCGGCUAUCAGGAAACAGAACUCUGACUUUUAUGUUAUAGCUCUAGUCAAUGAUACUGUGGGAACAAUGAUGUCCUGUGGAUAUGAUGAUCCAGCUUGUGAAGUAGGCCUGAUAGUAGGUACAGGGACCAAUGCUUGCUAUAUGGAGGAAAUGAAAAAUGUGGAGCUGCUGGAUGGAGCUGAAGGACAAAUGUGUAUUAAUAUGGAAUGGGGAGCAUUUGGAGACAAUGGCUGCUUGAAUGAUAUCACUACUACCUUUGAUCAAGAUGUUGACAAGAACUCUAUUAAUCCUGGAAAACAAAGAUAUGAGAAGAUGAUCAGUGGAAUGUACUUGGGAGAGAUUGUGCGGAAAGUUCUAAUAAAACUUACUCAAGAAAAAGUUUUAUUUGGUGGCAACAUCUCUGAGAAACUUAAUACAAGUGGUCUCUUUCCUACAAAGUUCUUGUCAAACAUUGAAAGUGAUACCCUUGGCUUACUGCAAGUUCGUGCCAUUCUAACUGAGUUAGGCCUGAAGAGCACAUGCGAUGAUACGGUGCUGGUGAAGGAGGUUUGUUGCACAGUGUCAAGAAGAGCAGCUCAACUGUGUGCUUCGGGCAUUGCUGCUGUAGUACAGAAGAUCAGAGAGAACAGGAGUCUUGAGCAUCUCAAAAUCACUGUUGGAGUGGAUGGAACCCUGUACAAGCUACAUCCUCACUUUGCAGCAGUGGUUAUGAAGACUGUGAAGAUGCUGGCCCCAGAAUGUGAGGUUACCUUCCGUCUUUCUGAAGAUGGCUCUGGAAAAGGGGCAGCUUUAAUAACUGCAGUCGCCUGCCGUGUUGCUGGUACCGAGCCACUGCCAGCGUAACAAAGACCAAAUAGUAACAAGCCUAAGUACUUGUCUUCUGCUAAACAAUAUUGUCUGUCUUUUUUCUAUUUAUAUUGAUUGUUGCUGUAAUAUUUGUAAAAAAAUUAAAAGUUUUGCA